UCUCAUAAUUUUUCUUUCUACACUUGGUUCUAAUAAUUACUCCAUUUCAGUAGUUAAAAUAGAAUUUGAUUUUGGAAAUCAUACCUGACUUCGGAGCUUUAGGGUUUAAAGUUUUGGGGGGUUUUAGAAAUUUAGAGCAAACGAAGCCAAAAACAAGAUGAGCAAAAUGCCGCCUCAGGGGGUGAACACGCCGCCGUCGAUGCCCCUCAAUCUCGUCUCCACCGAGCAGAUUCAGAAGGAAAUUUCCUCACGGCAUUCAAAAUCACAAAUCACAAAAGGAAAUAUCAUUUUGUUAAUGUCACUUCACAGGUAUUUGGACGAGAACAAAAACUUGAUAAUGGCGAUACUGGAAUGCCAGAAAGUGGGGAAAGUUGCUGAAUGUGCUCAGUAUCAGGCCAUACUUCAGAAAAACUUGAUGUAUUUAGCAGCAAUUGCUGAUGCCCAACCUCCAGGAUCUUCGACACCCUCACAAUUGCAGAUGGCAACUAGCUCGAUGGCACCACGAGGAGAUUCACAUAUGCAGCAGAGUCAGGCAUCAACGGUGCAGCAGCAGCAGCAACAACAACAGCAACAGCAGCAGCAACCCAAAUUGCCUUUCCAGCUGAAUGCACUCCGCCCUCAAGAUCAGCAUAAUCAAAUGCUACAGUUUCAACAACAGCAACUACAGAUGCAACAAGGCCAUUUCAAUCUUGCAGGGGGUGCUAAUAAUGGUUUGCAUAUGCUUAUGUACCCCAGCCAUGGUCAUGCCAAUAUGAUGGACUUGAGAGGAAACCACUCUGGCACCUUGGAGGCAAGUUCUGGCAACGCCCAAGGUAACUCUGGUUUGGGACGUGAUGGCAGAGAAUGAUGGCUGUGUCAUGUGAUUUUGAGCUAGAACACUAAAGAGAAAUUCGUUCGUUACCUAUCAAAACGUUUCUAGUAGUGUUCUCUGGGAGUCCUGCAGCAUUGCGUUUUGUCAUGCAGAUAACGAGCAUGUUUUUGAUGUGGAAAAUUUUCCCAUUUCUAGAUGGAUGGCAUGCUUUUAUGCAUGUUACACAAGCUCAAAUUUGUCUGUGUACUAAGAAACUUGUUUUUAAUUGCAGAAACUUUUCUACAUGCAAUAUAUAACUCAAUGUCGUCACUCAA